AUGUGUUUUGACACGACGUCCUCGAACACCGGGAAAAACAAAGGUUCUUGUGUACUAUUGGAACGUAAACUUGGAAAAAAUUUAUUUUGGCUAGCAUGCAGACAUCACAUAUUUGAGUUGGUUAUUGGAGCAGCAUUUCAAGCAGUCUUGCCUUCAGCUAUAUCAGGGCCUGAUAACCGAAUUUUUGUACGUUUUCAGUCUUAUUGGUCAGAAAUUGAUCAGUCAACAUAUAUCACAGCCAACCCAACUAUUAUUCUCAGGAUUGCAGAUAAAAAACGAAACGAUAUAGUCAGUUUUUGUCAAAUCAAACAAGUAAGAGACGAUUAUCGAGAGCUGUUGGAAUUAUCAAUUAUAUUCCUUGGCAAGGAACCCACCAGAGGUAUCAGGUGUAUGACUCCAUUUGCUACAAGCAAUGCACGUUGGAUGUCAAUGGUAAUUUACUAUUUGAAAAUAUUUAUGUUUAGUGAGAAAUUUAAUUUGAAUGUAAAAGAGAAAAAGGGCUUAGCAGAAAUAUACAUUUUUAUUGUAACUGUCUAUAUAAAAAAUUGGUUCACAGCAUCUUUUGCGAUAUAUGCUCCGAACAAUGAUUUACAGCUGAUGAAGACCUUAAUUAACUAUGAUAGUCCAGAUAUUUCAAAUGCCACAGUAAAAAAAAUGAUGGGACAUUUGUGGUAUUUGUCAGAUGAGUUAGUUGGUCUUUGUUUGUUUGACCAAAAUGUCUUAGUAGAAACCAAGUGUAAGGUCGUCCACGCAAUGAUUAAUAACCCUUCCCAAGAAGUUCGGGAUGUAAGGCCAAAAAUUAAAAAACAUGAUUUAGAAAAAUUGCGACUUCAUGAUUUAGCAAAUCAAAAUACAAUGAGAAUUUUCAUAGAAUUUUGUGUUGAAAUAUUCUGGGAAUAUUAUGGGAAAUAUUAUGGUAAAUUGGAACGAUUCUAA